GAGGGGGCAGAGGCCUGGCCAGCUUAGCCUUUCCCAUCUAGGCUGCAGGCAUUCAUGACUGGCAGGUGUGAUUUCCCCCCUUCCUCUAAUUGUACAGGAUGGUUCUUCCCUGGUUCCUGUCUCACUGGCUCCCCUCGCCAUCACCCUGUGCUUUGGAGGUUCUUCUGAGGGUUGUCAUGAAUCAAUGGGCCUGGCUUCCCUUUCUGCUUCGGCCACUGCAAAGGGUGCAAGAGCCUCUCCCUUUGCUUUGGCCAUCUGCUUUUAUUUCCUUUCCUGCAUUAUGGGAGUCGUGGAGUGGCAGUUGGGGCUUUUGCUGCAUGUGAGAGGGUCUCCCCCUCCCCAUAAUGCAGGAGGGUGCUUCAGCUGGGUGUCUCCCCAUUUAUUCCUUUUCAUUUGGUGUGAGGCCACAGGAUUCCCACUGCACAGUGAGUGAGUCAGAGAGCAGCAACUGCACUUUCCUUUAAGCUUCUCUGAAUGCUCUCUGUGCUUGGGAAGAUUUUGUCCUGUGAGGACAUUUGCAUCUCUGUCCCCUUUCCAAAAGGCCCACUGCUCUGUAAUUAAAGAGCUGGAAGGAUUCGAGGUGACUGGGCUGGAAAGGGAGCAGACCUGUUGGGGCAAGAGGAGCAGCUUUUCUCCUCCUCAUUCCUGGUCGGGGCUCUCAAGUACAGGUUUGUUGAGUGUGCAACUUUGGGUCACCCUCUUCCCAGGCCUGGCUUAGCCCCCCGUGGGGGAGGGCAGGAGUCAGCUCACUGAUGAGCAACCAAGGAGCAGGACGCUUGCACAUCUUCCCAAUGGGAUGGAGCUUCUGGAUCUCUGGUUGCCGAGUGUCAAGGGAGAGCUCUCCUCCAUGUUUCAGGUGCCUGGGCCAGGGGUGGCCUGCCCUCACCAGUGUGGCUUCUUCCUGCUUCUGAAUCUGCUGGAGAGAUGGGCUCAUCUUCAGGGAUAGAGGGGUGGGCUCCAGGCCAGCUUCAAGUUGAGGAAUUGCUCCUCCCUCCAUCAGUGAAACAGCCCACUACCAGUCGAUGGGCACCGGAGGAGCCUUGUGACUAGACUGGCAAACCUACAAUUUGCCUCGUUAAUUCUUCUGGUAAGGAAUUCAGAAACGCCAGUCUACUCAGGCAGCAACUAAAUAAUAUGCGCUUUCAUAAUCUGUAUUUUACAGCAGUGUGUUGCUAGGGCAACAGAAGCACUAGGACUGCCCCUUGCUGAUCUCAAAAGCAGAACGGAUAAGGAGGCUCUGCUUUUCUUUUUCUCACCUCCUCCCCCUGGGGAACGGUGGCUCCUUCUUUUCAUACACUGGCUUGGAAUCCUUGAGAAAGGUUUCUACUUGGAUUUCUUAUAGGACAGCCACAUGGGAAGGACCAUUGGUCACUCCAGGGGCCCCUUGGAUUUUCCCAGGUUCUGAAGAACAAAACUUAAAGUCAAGAACUGUUACAGGCCAUUCCAGAUCUUCACAGUGAAAUCUCCCGGAAAGACGACGUCUCUGCAAACUGAAAAACUGGUGCCCGGCGAGAAAGAUUGCAAGAGAAACCUGGAUAUGGAGAUAGAAAGUGCUCAUCCGGUGGGACAGGAGCAAGUCGAACUGCAUGGGAAUUCAGUGGAAGGGCAAACUGUUUGGUCAGGGUUCCAAGACACCUGGCUGCAGAGUCCAAGCAAGGCUGCCCUCCCAGAGCAGUUGCAGGGUUUCCAGGUGGCCGUGGAGCAGCUACAGCACAUGAGGGAUGGUCUAAGCUGGACGCAAGGACAGCAUCAGGCCUUGGAGAUGCUGCUCCAGGAGUGUCAGGCUCUCAAGACACAGCUCCGACAAUCUAAGGCAUUGACCCAGGAGCAAGAAAGGGAGCACUCUCUUCAAAUUGAGCGGCACCAGCACAUGCGGGAGCAGUUGCGUCAAGCAGAGACUUCUGUCCAUAUUCUGGAAAGCAUCUUGGAUCUCUAUAAGAAGAAAUACCGAGCUGCUCUGGGCCGAGUUGGUGAACUAGACAGUCAGAUGCAUCAUCUGCAAGAAGAGGUGAUCAAUCUUUGGAGCAGCAGCCAAGCAGAGGACAGCCUUGGGCAGCUCAGUGCUCAUGCAGUUAGGCAGUUCACAGACCAGCAAGACCAGACCAUCCAGGAGCUGCAGGAACAAUUGGCAGCCAGCCACUGCAAGCUGCUGCAGCAAAAGGAAGCCGUGGCCAGACUGAGCCAAGAGUUUGCAUCAUACAAGUUGAUUCACAACUGCUCAAACACAAAGCACAGAAAACAGAUGGUCAGCCAGGCGAUACUCCAACAGAAGCUACAGCAGGCAGAAGAGGAGGGUUUGCAUCAGCAGGCGGAGGUGUACCAGGCCCUGGUGCAAGAACUGAAGAUGCAGCUGGCGAGGGAGGCUGAGCAGAACAGCAGCACUUUGAAAGAUCUGGCUCGCCUGGAACUGGCUGUGCAGAGUCUGUGCCAGGCGGCAGCCUCAGAGCAGAGUCAGCAGCUGCAGCACCAUGCCUGCCUAGUGCAGGCCCUGCUGGAACAAAGCCACCAGCUGUGUGCACAGAAGGAAUGGAAACCAGCCAGGCUCCUUCAAAGGGCAUGGGCUAAUUGCAGCAUCUUCUGGGACCAGGCCCAUCCCUUGAAAGCUGCCUCACAGGAGGCCAAGCAAGGCCGAGCAGCCUCUUGGCCUGGUGGAGCCCCAGUGCUGCAGCUGAGGAGGCCCAAGAGCCCGGAACAGCCCGGGAAGGCUGCAUUGGAGAUGGUCCAGGACCAGCCGGUGGAGAGGGGCCUCAAGCUUCAGCGUCUUGGGAAAGUUGGCUGCCCUCUGGAGGUUCUCCUUGGAAAAGGCUGCCUAGCUGAAGCAGAGCUGGAGCAGAAAAGCUUCUUGGGAGGAGAUGGUCUUGCUGCUGCCACCUCUGGCAGAGAACUGCUAAAGGAGCUGAUGGAGAAGCUGAGCAGGUCCAAGCGGCAACCUUUGCAGGCAGCACCCAUGCUGGAGUUGGAGAGGCUGCGGCAGCAGUUACAGGAGACAGAGAGGAGAGUGCAGGCCCUGCAGACCUGUGUGAUGGAGCAGAAGGCAGACAGCCGUUCUCUGCAAGAGCAGCUGACCAAGCAGACAGCUGUGUUGGGGCUGGUGAAUGGACGCUUCAGGCAGGCCCGGCUGCAGCUGCAGCACCAGGCAACCGCGCAGAUAGAAUCUUUACAAAUCUCCUUGGAGGCAUCCCGCGCUGGCCAUCACUGGCUGCACCAGGAGAGCGAACUGGUGGUGGCCGAUGUUCGCCAGUGGGUAAAGGAGCAAAAGCAGAUGAAUGAGGAGCUGGGCCACAAGCUCCGAACACAGAUCAAGCAAAUUGCCCAGCUCACUGGCGAGAGAGACCUUCUGCAUCAACUACUGGAGAGGCUGCAAGAGGACAACCAACAGUUAAAGAAUGAAAUCAACGAGAGGUGCAUUGUAUGUGAGCGCAUCAAGGCAAGUGCCAAGAAUGACCAGAGGUUGGAAGAAGAGCAGAGGAUGCCCAAUUACAGCCCGCCUCCCAUUUCCUUAAUUGUAGCAGUAGCAGAGAGAGAUUGUAUAAAGCUGGGGUCCCCAACCCCCUGUCCACAGACACAAACCAGUCUGCAGCUUGUUGGGAACUGGGCCACACAAGUAGUGGGCUCUCCACUACAGUGAUUUGGAGCCGCAGGCUGUACUGCAACAACUCUGGCACAUACUUCUGUUAUGAACCCAUUACACUCAUCCACCUUUCCAGGGGCCACAGCCAGAGAACGCAGCUCUGGAGUGAAGGUAAACUGUGUCCAGAAGAGCCGGUCUGCAGCCAGCAGGGAUCCCUUCCUGCAGACCAGGCUUUGCUAUUGAGAGAACUUGUCUAAGUGUCCCAUCCGUAGCUGCUGUCAUGAUGUAGCACUUCUAGCAGAGCACCACCCUUGCUUGAAAAAAAGACCCAACAUCCACCAAAAGAGUCCAGGAGCAACAAUGUUUAUAUAAACAAUAAAAUGAUAUCCUGAUCUCGGCAGCAGAGCCAACGCGAAGCUAUAUAUAAUGCAGAUGUCCAUGGCUAGAGGCCAAAGCGAGCUGGGGUAUGGCGAGGUGUGGCAAGCUGGCCUUGCUCUUUGCGCCCUGGUGUAUAAAUCUUUGUGGACCUGCAGAAAGGGGCACAAAGGAAAGACUGAAGAGAGCAGACUACUCCAGGCUCGGGACUUCUCCCCUGGAAGAGGAGCCCACGGGGUCAUACCUGACGCUGCCCAUUGGAUUACAACGCUCCUGUUCUUCUCUGCGAGCACGGAGCUGCUCUUCCGCCAGAGCCAUCUCUUCUUCCAUGGCAGAUGCUUCUUCCUUGGCUCGCCGCCGGCUCUCCUAGAACAGAACAAGCAGCCACGCGAGAUUUCAUCCGUCUUCUUCCAUCCUGCUUUACUAUGAAAUGUGGCCCAACCCAAACACUGCUACACAGACUUGAUGUCUGUAUCUUGGUUGAUGAGCAGCGGCAUUAAUUUUUUAAAAUAUUUCCAGCUUGCCAGGAAUUGGAGCUGGCUGGCUUUCUUUUGGAGCAACUGGAUGAUUCCCCCAGCAGCUCGUUCUCACCUGACGAGACUUGCCAGCAUGCUUGAUACUGUAGAACAUGGGCCCCAACUCAGCCAGCCAUUCCCCAUCCACAGCUGUGACACACUGCAUGUACUCCUGCAGGUUAAAGGCAGAGAUGAGGAAGCUGGUAAUGGAGAAAAAUGGAUCUGCCCACAUCUGCCACCAUCAUCCUAUGUAGGCCCCUUUCUCCAACGUAUCCCCUCACCUUGGUGGUCAUCACCAGUUCAUGGUAGACAAUAUAGUCGGGAGUGUAGCCCAUCCCAAAAAGCGAGCUGGUAGGGUGCAAGUGGCAGCGCAUCCCUGUGCGGAUAUUGACAUAUUCCCCGAUGCCCUGCAGCAGAGCAUAAAGGUCAGUGUUGCCUGGCCCCAGUUCCUUCACAGGCCUUUAACUGCUUUAGGAAAUCAACCAGAACAGUCAGAAGACACCAGAGGAAAAGGGGGCCUUGGGUAGAAGCCAUAUGGAAAAUCUAUAAUUAAUCCUCCACAUUGAGACAGGAUCGUGGGAUUCUGGAUAUGGCAUUCCAGAACAUUCCUUCAUGGACUGGGUCCAGGUUAUCCGAGGGAAUGCCUGGCAGAGAGGGCCACAGGGUCCAUCUGUGAGAGACCUACCUACAUUUGAAGGGUCCCAGGAGUUAGGCCUUCUCUGCCAUGGUGCCCACUUUAUGCAGCAUUCCCCCCACCUUUCAAGUUAGUUCUAUCCUUGUUGAUAUUCAGGGAGGCCCUCAAAACCUGGUUGUCUCAUCAGGUUUCAGGAAACUCGGACCCUUUUAAGGUGGCUUCCCUAUUGUGGUCGUGCUGUGUGUGUGUGGUUUGAUUUUUAAUGAUGAAUGUUUACAUUUUUAUAAUUUGUAACAAUUGUUUUUACAUUGUGGUUUUAUUAUUUCCUGCUGCCAAGAGUUGCUUCCAAUGUAUGUAACUUUGAUUAAUAAAUAAAUAAAAUGGAGCUUCCUUGGUGUUGGUGCUGGGCAGAAUCAAGACCUGGCCUCCAUCUCCUGAGGCUCACAAAGAAGUGAA